CCCCAUCUUGCGUGCCUCGCUCACCGUUGGUGCUAGCUUAGCUGCUGCUGUUCAUCUUCCUCCUCCUUAAUAAGCCAGCAGCAAGCAGCACACACACAUCUACAUCAGAGGCCAUCUCUAUAUAUCUGCUGAUAGCUAGCCAUAAAAGGAAGACGAAGAGCAGAGCUAGCUAGCACAAGUACAGUAGACAGCAGCCUCUGAAAAACCAUACAUAUAUAUUAUCAGUAGAAGAAGAUGAUGGCUGAUAGGUUGGAUGCAGAAAGGAUCAUAGAGUACUUCAAGGGCAAGAGCAUCCUCAUCACUGGCGCAACAGGCUUUCUUGGCAAGAUUCUUGUGGAGAAGAUACUGAGGGUGCAGCCUGAUGUCAAGAAGAUCUACCUGCUCGUCCGCGCCAUCGACGAAGCAUCUGCAAAGCAACGCGUCCAAUCGGAGGUGACGGAGACGGAGCUGUUCAGCGUGGUGAAGGAGAAGCACGGCAAGGGAUUCGAGGAGUUCAUCGAGGAGAAGGUGGUCGCCCUCGCCGGCGACAUCAUCUACGACGACCUGGGCUUGGAGCCCCCCGUGCUCCACGACCUCGCCGGCAACCUCGACGUCAUCGUCAAUGGCGCUGCCACCACCAACUUCUACGGAAGGUAUGAUGUGUCCCUGGAUGUGAACGUUUUGGGAGUGAAGCACCUGUGCCAAUUGGCCAAGAAAUGCAGAAACCUCAAGGUGUUCCUCCAUGUCUCCACUGCUUACGCGGGCGGCGACCAGGAGGGUUUGAUCCAGGAGAGGGCGUUCGAGGAAGGAUGGGCGCUGCGGGAGGGGAUGUACCUGGACGUGGAGGCGGAGCUGCGGCUGGUCGCCGACGUGCGCCGCCGGGUGGACGACGACGACAAGGCGCAGAGGAAGGCCAUGAAGGAGCUCGGGCUCGCCAGGGCGCGCCACUUCGGCUGGUCCAACACCUACGUCUUCACCAAGGCCAUGGGCGAGAUGGUGCUCUCCAGGAUGCUGCUCGGCGGAGAGGGCGGCGGCGGCGGCGCCGGCGUGGUGGUGGUGCGGCCCAGCAUCAUCACCAGCGUCCUGCGCGACCCGGUGCCCGGGUGGAUGCAGGGCACGCGCACCAUCGACACGCUCAUCAUCGGGUACGCGAAGCAGAACCUGCCCUGCUUCCUCGGCGACCUGGACCUGGUGAUGGACGUGAUCCCGGGGGACAUGGUGGUGAACGCGAUGAUGGCGGCGACGGUGGCGCACUCCGGCGAGCGGUGGCAGGGGCAGGAGGGGCGGCCGGCGGUGUACCACGUGAGCUCGUCGCUGCGGAACCCGGCGGCGUACUGGGUGCUGUACGAGGCGGGGAGGCGGCACUUCACGGAGAAGCCGCGGACGGGGAAGCGCGGCGAGGUGAUCCCGACGAAGGAGAUGCACUUCUUCAAGACGAUCGCGAGCUUCCAGCUGUACAUGCUGCUCAAGUACAGGCUGCCAUUGGAGCUCCUCCACCUGCUCAACCUCCUCCUCUGCGGCCUCUUCUCCCGCCUCUACUCCGACCUCGCCACCAAGUACCGCUACGUCAUGCACCUCGUCGACGUCUACGGCCCCUUCGCCUUCUUCAAAGGAUGCUUCGACGACAUAAACUUGGAGAGGCUGAGGCAGAGGAUGGGGAGGAGCAACAGCACCGAAGAUGACGACAUGUUCAACUUCGAUCCAAAGACCAUCGACUGGGAAGACUACUUCUACAGGAUCCAUAUACCCGGUGUGCUCAAGUACAUCCUCAAGUAAACACAUCUAAAACGAAACAAGUGGAGGAGGAAGAAGAAAUCCCUAGACUGCUACGUAUCUACUACUCUGCUCCUGUUACAACAAAUGCAUGAUCUCCAGCUGUGUGCUGCUGCUAGCGUAAUUUGUAUGAUGAAGGGAUCUGUAAUAUGUAUGUCUCGCCUAGACUAGUAAUGUGCUUGUACCAGAGAAGCAUCAGCAUAUCUUAAACCAAUAAUACAGUGUGUGCUUGUGUCUUGUGCCAGCUGAUUAUACUUGUCUUUA